AACCCAAUCCAAGGACAGUGGUGAAUUGAUCCUUUUGAAAUCAAUAUAAACAACAACAAAGGUUAACAUUUUUAUUGCCUCCCUUAGGUAGAGCUCAAUAUCUAGGAAGUAAUAUUCAAAUAAAAAUUAUCGAAAUAUCAAUAUCAUAUCGGUGUAAAUAAUCAACGUGAUCAAGAAGAGGACAUGAACUAUUUUCAUAUUCACAAGUGAAAAUGAUCCUUUCCAAUUCCUAGAAGAAGAAAAACAACCUGACACUAUGGAACAACAUGAUUCCUAUUUAGGUUAUGAUAAAGAACCAAACAUUGGAGGGUACAAUAAUGGACACCACAGAAGGGAAACCAGUGGUAACCAGGUCAUUCCAAUGGAGGAUUAUCAUGAUUAUCCAAGCCAUAAUACUUCAAUAAUGGGUUAUGAUCAUGUCCCUGAUGGAAGUUCUAGUCAACCUCAAACUUUGGUUGUACGUAAUCGUAAAAAGUCUAUCAAGUUGGAGCAGAUAUUUGACAAGCUUGAUCAACUGGAUCAACUAGAUGGUGAUGAUGACCAAUAUUUCCAAAGAACUAGAUCCAAAAGACGUGAAAGAUCCAAAACUUUAAAGGAAAGAAAAAUAGAGAGAAAUGCUUCACAGAAAGAUUCAUCAUUAAAAGCUACUACAAAGACCCUUGGUGAAAGAUAUGCUGAAAUGAAAAACAAUGACGAUGUCACUGCCAGAAAUCUAGCCACCUUGAUGAGAGAUUCAACACUUAGGAAAAUGAGCAAACUUAGACAUAGCAAAGGAUCUAAGACAUGGAAAAAUGUGAAGAGAUCUUACAACGAAUUUUCACACAGAAUCUCACUAUGGUACAGUACCUUUAAAGAAAUUGAAGGUGAAUAUGGAACGGCAGUGAUGACAUACUUCAAAUUCCUUAAAUGGCUGCUGAGAUUAAACUUUUAUACAAUGAUAAUAACAUUUUGUGUGAUAACCAUACCAUUUCUAGUAUUAGGACCCUCAUCUUAUGAAGACUCUGUAAGAUCUGUUAAUAAUAGCCAGGAUUCUAUUGACUGUACAAAAGAAUAUAUAAACUACAUGGAUAAUUUCACCAGUCAGGAGUCAUUAGACGAAAAAGUUAUUGAUUUUCUUCAAGGGACCGGCUGGAUGGAGAGAACAAUAUUGUUUUACGGUGUAUACUACAAUAAGACUUAUUAUAGCCACAUAGAAAAAACAGAGAAAAUAUAUAACAUGUCAUUAGCCUAUUUACUGGCUGUUGGAUGUAGUUUUAUCAUCUGUUUCAUUCUAAUUGUUAAAAAUGCAUCUAAAAGUGCUAAAGUAUCACUAGGUUUGGAAUCAUCAGUAGCUAUGUAUACAAAUAAAGUGUUUGCAGCCUGGGAUUAUUGUAUCAAUAAUCAGAAAAAUGCUAAAGUCAAAUCAGUGGGCAUUAAAUUUGAAAUAACUGCAGAUUUAAAAGAACAGAAAAGAACUAUAGAUUGGAACGGGAAGGAGUUCAGUGAUAGAUGUGCAAUAUACUUCAAGAGAGUUGUCAUCAAUCUACUUGUCAUAAUAUUACUGGGAGGCUCCCUAGCAUUGAUAGCUUAUACAGCUAUACAGAUGAUAGAGCUUCAGAAGAAAGAAUUUGAGGAGAUAGUUAUCUUGAUUAUUCAGUAUGUGCCAUAUCUAACGAUCACCAUAUUGAAUUUGGCUGUACCUAUCCUCUUUCAAAAACUGGUACAGUUUGAAAUGUAUAAAUACGAAACUGAACUAAAAUUAACAUUAGCAAGAUCAGUGUUGCUCCGUCUAUCUUCACCAAUAGUUCUCCUAGCUAUUCUGUAUCAGCAACUGAUUGUCACAUCUAAGGACUCAACCAGUGGCAAAUGUGGCAAUGUGAGAUGGUCAGCCACAGGGUCAGGACUCAGGGGAGAUGUCAAAUGUUGGGAGACCUAUGUUGGACAACAGGUGUACAAGUUGGUCCUAUUGGAUCUGUUUGUAGAAUGUGGUAUUUUAUUUUUUGGAAAUAUUCCCAGAAGUAUAGUGUAUCGAAAAUUCAAGGACAAGUCAAAGUUGAUCAAGAUGGUUGGUCCUCAAGAAUUUGAUUUGACACAGAGUGUUGUAGAUAUUGUAUACUCACAAAAUAUAUGUUGGUUAGGAAUGAUGUUUAGUCCUUUAAUUCCAUUUAUGACAUUCCUAAAAAUUUUAAUCUUCUUUUAUUCUAAAAAAUUUUUAUUGAAGUAUUGCGAAGCUCAGGAGCGACCAUAUCGUACAUCUAGAUCUAACUCAUUAUUUAUGUUAGUGCUAUUAUUGUCUUUUGUGUUUGCAGCAGCACCUAUAGGAUAUAUGGUUGGCCGUCUGCAGCCCAGCCAGAGUUGUGGCCCCUUCAGGCUGUAUGCUGAUGCCAAUGUUGUUAUGUUUAAUACAGUGUCAUAUACAGUAGCUAGUUGGCCAGGAGUUUUAAGAGGUAUAUUCAGCUUUCUUGGAACUGUUGGAUUUUUUGUGCCAGUCAUUAUAGCUUUAUGUUUAUUGAUGUACUAUUACUGGUUGUUAGGUCAAGGAUACAAAAAGACGGAAAAAAUUCUCCAACAUCAACUAAAACUGGAAGGACAAGAUAAGAGAUACCUCAUGGACAGAGUAACAGAAUUCUUAGAGAGCACAGAAGUCAAUCAGAAUACACUGCAUAAUGCUGCAUUAUAAAAUCAACAUUCCAAGUUCUAUAAUAAGACAAUGAAAAAACGAAAAUAUUGACCAAUCAAAAUAGCAAACAUGGAUUAUUGAAAUCUCUUCUGACAUUUUCCAUUAAAUUUGUCUACAGAAAAAAAAAUAUAAAAAAAUUCAAACGCAGUGAUUGGAAAAGUGCCUUAUCAUCACACAUCAUGGUUGAGUAAUUUUAAGAUUAAACAAUAUAAAACAUAUCAUUGAGAGUGGGACAGUUUUGAUUCCAUUUUUCAUAGUUUUCAACUUUUGAGGUUACGUUACUCUAUCUUUUCACAGUUAAUUUUGUACUCAGAAAUGUUAAACAUUUAUUUAGUUGUUUUUAUGCAAGUUUAUGGUAAUCAAAAAAAAAUAAUCAGAAAAGAAAAGAAUACCAUAUAUUUUUGUACAUAAAAUUGUAAAUUGAUAAACACUAAAUAAGUUAGAUUUUAUAUGAUUAUACAUAAUAUACUAUAUAAAAUAGUGCUGAAUAAACCGUUCCAAAAGUCCCAUAAACUCCAAACUUGAUUUUUGAUGAGGAGUUAACAUUAAGUGAAAGAUUGCAAUUAAGUUUUGAAAUUGCAUGUGCAAUUCAAAGGAGAUGUAAACUUAUUCAAGUGUUUUAAGAAACAGCUUGCAUGUAUGUGGUGAUUGAACAUAUCUAAAUUUUAUUGUGAUAUAGUUCAUGCACAAUGAAUCUCAAAAACUGUUUAUUAUUGUGAUUGUUAAAUUUAAUUGUUGAAAUAUACUCUAAUAUUAAACACACCUUAUACAAGAUAUUGAAUUGAAAAGUUGAAUGUUAUCUGAAUUUGUCUUUGAAGACUAGUAAACAAUAAAAAAGUGAGUUGUUUUUCAGAUAUUCUCAGAUUUGUUUUCAAAGUGGUAGUAAGGUACUUUGCUUCAGUACAAUAACUUCUGUUCAGUCUACUGUCUGAAUAUUCACUAGAUGAACUCCUUUACUUAUAUGCAAAAUAUUCAAUACUGAAAAGUUGAUAUAAAAUGACAGGUACCAUUAUUUCUGGAUACACUGUAAAAAUGUCUGCACAAUAUUGAAAUACUACAAGAAGAACAUUUAAUAGAUAUCUGAACAUAUCACCAGGACAAAUUUUUCUGUUUAGACAUUUCAGAUAAUAUUCCUUUAAACUAACAUUAAACUAACACCCUCAAUUUCAAUUGCUUGGUCGUAAUAUGUGUUUUUAAAGUUUGAUUUAAAUAAAAGGUAGAUUUUUGCCUGAUAAGAUAAGAU